AUAGCGAGACCAAAGCGUGCACAAUGGCGGAGUCAGAGGAGCCGCAGCCGCAUAACAUGCAAAAUGAGGAUCAAGACAUGCACAGUGACAAUAGGAUGGACGAUAUUAAGAUCAACAGAUACCCAACUAAUCCAACAAGGGGGAGAGGUUUCUUUAGGGGACCAAGGCCGCCACCAUUUGGAAGAGGGCCUCCUCCACCACGUUUCCGAGGGCCCCCAGGUCCACACAUGAGAGGGCCACCUCCCCCUCACAUGAGAGGACCUCCACCCCCAGGUAUGAGGCCCCCACCCAGGCCCCCCUUUGGAAGACCUCCAUUUGACCAUUAUGGACCUCCACCAGGAAUGGGACAUCCUCCAGGGAUGGGUCCACCUCCACCCCCAGGGAUGCCACCACCACCGGGCAUGCACCCACCCGGCAUGGGACCACCGAGGAUGCCACCACAUGGCAUGGGGCCUCCUCCCAUGAUGCCACCACCAGGCGUUCCACCUCCAAACUUCUCAGUGCCGCCACCAGGGUUUGGGUCUGGAGGGGACCAGAACAGUGGACAGGAGAACCAACAAAAUGCUGAUGGUUCACAAGAACUGUGGGUGGAAAAUAAGACACCAGAAGGAAAGGUCUACUACUACAAUGCCAGGACUAGGGAGUCUGCAUGGACCAAGCCAGAGGGAGUGAAAAUCAUCACGCAGACAGAAGUGGAAAGUAUGGCACAGCAAGCUCAGCAAGGCAGUACAGCACAGCCUGCUGCUACUGCAACACAGCAGUCAGGGGCUACCAGCACUGCAGCUGAUACUACCAUAGCACAAGCUCAGCCUGGUACCCCAGGUCAUGUAUCUGACCAGCAGCAAGUUCCACCCCACCAGGCCAGUGACCAGACCAAUGCCCCACCUCAUGGACAUGGCUUUCCCCCUCCUGGGUUUCCACCUAUGGGAGGACCAGGUGGGCCUGGCAUGAUGAGACCUGGGGGGCCACCUGGGAUGCCACCUCCAGGUAUGUUUCCUCCUGGGUUUAACCCUGGAAUGAUGCCACCCCCAGGGUUUGGUCACCCCAUGAUGCAGCAGCCACCACCAGGGCAAGGACAGCCACAGGCUCAGAAGCCACCAGAGGUUGCAGAAUGGUCUGAACACAAAACAACUGAUGGUCGGUCCUAUUUUUACAACUCUCGCACAUCUGAGUCUACUUGGGAAAAACCAAAGGCGUUGCAAGACUGGGAAGAAUCCCAAAAUGCCGCUGCUCAAGCCGCCCCAGCAGCUGCUGCAGCAACCCCUGAGCAGACGACAGUCCAGACUAAUGGUGGUCAGGAGAUGGUGGCUAUGAAUGGAGGUCAGGAAGUUGAGACGGCCAUGGAGGCUGAGGAGAGCCAAGAAGAGGAAAGAUCAGAAGAGAAGGAGGAGGAAGAAGAGACUAUGACAGAGGAACAGAAAGCUGCAGAGAAAGCCAAGCCCAUUUCCAGCACCCCUGUCCCUGGAACACCUUGGUGUGUUGUUUGGACUGGUGAUGGUCGGGUGUUUUUCUACAACCCCAGUCAGAGACAGUCUGUUUGGGAGGUACCAGAGGACCUGCAGGGAAGACAAGACGUGGAAAAAAUGAUUCAAGGGCCCCCAGAUGAGUCUGAUGCUGGCAAAGGGGAUGCAUCAUUAAGCAAAAAGCAGAAGUCAGAAUCAAAUGAGGAAGAACCAAAAUCAAAGAAGAAAAAAGUCGAGAAGGAGGAGCCACAGGAGCAAGUGCCUGUGAAACAGGAGAAAGAACCAAAGAAGAUAGAUGCUGGAAAGGAGGCAGCCAUUGAGGCCGAGGUGAAAGCUGCCAGGGAGAGAGCCAUCAUUCCACUGGAGAUCAGGAUGAAGCAAUUUAGAGACAUGCUGGCAGAAAAGGAGGUUUCUGCAUUUUCCACAUGGGAAAAGGAGCUUCACAAGAUAGUGUUUGACCCUCGCUACUUGUUGUUAACAUCCAAGGAGAGGAAACAGGUGUUCGACCAGUAUGUGAAGGAGCGUGCAGAAGAGGAGCGACGCGAGAAGAGGAACAAGCUGAAGGAGAAAAAGGAACUUUUCAGGCAACUACUAGAGGAAGCUAAACUGCAUGGAAAAUCUUCCUUCAGUGACUUUGCUUCAAAGUAUGGGAAAGAUGAGAGAUUCAAAGGAAUAGAGAAGAUGAGGGAGAGAGAGGCACUAUUCAGUGAUUAUGUGGCUGAUCAAAGAAAGAGGGAGAAAGAAGAAAAAUCAUACCAAAAGGAAAAGCUCAAGGCUGACUAUAUCCAGCUCCUGAAAGAAACCACGGAAAUUGACUCUCGCUCACGUUGGAGUGAGACCAAGAAGAAAAUUGAGUCAGAUCCUCGUUAUAAAGCAAUAGACAGCAGUUCUCGUAGAGAAGAUUGGUUCAGGGACUAUGUCAAAACCCUGGAAGAGGAAUCUGAUGAGGAAGAAAGGGAAAAAAGGGAAAAGCAGGAAAGAGUUGAAGCCAGCAUUAGAAAACGUGAGGAAGAAGUUCAGAAAACCCUAUCCUCGUCCCUGCGAGAACGCGACAAGGAAAGAGAGCAACAUAAAAGGGAUGAAUCAGUGCAGAGUUUCAAAGCUUUGCUGUCGGACUUGGUUCGCAACUCGGACGUGUCUUGGAGAGAUGCCAGGAAGACACUGAGGAAAGAUCAUAGAUGGGAGGAUUGUGAAUCCAUUGAACGUGAUGAAAAAGAGAAGAUAUUUGAACAACACAUUGAAGCUUUGAAUAAGAAGAAUAAGGAGAUGUUUCAUAAGCUGUUGGAUGAAACCACUGAGGUCAACUUAUCGUCCACCUGGAAGGAAGUGAAGAAAUUGAUCAAGGAGGAUCCCAGAUAUACAAAGUUUUCUUCCAGUGAUAGGAAGCGGGAAAGGGAAUUUUGUGAAUUUAUCCACGAGAAGUAUGUCCAGGCAAAGACUGAUUUUAGAGAGCUGCUGAAAGAGUGCAAGAUUAUUACACACAAGUCCAAGAAAUUAAUUGAAGAAGGUGAUGGCCAUCUUAAAGAUGUUGCAGCUGUCCUAGAGAAUGACAAGCGUUACCUGGUCCUGGACUGUGAUCCAGAUGAGAGGAAGAAAAUGAUAGUGGCUUACAUUGAGGACUUGGAACGCAAAGGCCCGCCACCCCCACCCACAGCCAGUGAGCCCUCUAGAAGGAAAUAGGUUCAGAGGUUCCACCUCGGGCAUUGCGUUGACGUUUGCCACAACUGAUUCUGUCUGUUGGGACACUUUUUUUUAAUCAUUUGGAAAAAAAGGAAACAUUUGAUGUCCGUCUUGGAAAACUCUAAGCCCAUUUGUCAGUACUUGUAGUGAUAUUUAGAAAGAGCGAAUCAUGGUUAAAGUUUAAUCAGAUGAACAGCAAAAUGAAGUUUCCAAAGGAUGUAACCUCGAAAGACUAAUUGUAAUGUUUAUUUUAAACAUCUGUAAUCGUUUUACUGCUAGUUUUUAGUAAGAAUUUAUAACUGUAGAGAAAGUGUAUGAACAAUAAAAUUCUUAUUUCACAUGCUAA